AUCGAUGAAUUUACUGAUAGAGAGCUCCGUAUGAGGUAUAGAUUUGGUCGACAGUCUAUUAUUUUCAUUACGAACCUCAUUUACGACGACCUGAAGCGAAAGACAAAGCGAAAUCAUGCUCUUUGCCCGAUCGACCAAGUGUUAAUAGCCUUGAGGUUUUAUGCCAGUGGCAGUUUUCUUCAAGUUAUUGGCGACACUGUUGGUGUAGACAAAGCAACCGUUUCUCGAGUGGUGUUUUCCGUAACACAAGCACUUAUUGCACGUCGAGACCAGUUUAUCAAGUGGCCAUCCAACCAAGAAAUUCAAGAAAUCAAAAAUGCCUUCUUUCAGCGAGGUGGAUUCCCAGGCGUGAUUGGUUGCGUUGACGGAACACACAUCAGGAUUCAGGCACCCCACGA